GAAAUCAUCAUGGAAGGUCGAGGAUUGACUCUAAGGAGCAAGUCUCGUCGACAGCGCCCUCAGAUUAGCGCCCCCAAGCCCAUCUCCAGUCCUCUACCUCCCAAUACUAGGUCUCCCGAGUCAGGCCCAUCCGCAAUCCCCACACGUGAACGGGCACCCCAGAACGAUGCGACCUCGGAUUUGGUGAAACGGCGAUACUCGACUCGAUUCAAUACCGCACCUGAAUUUGACGGCGAUGCUCCUCCUGUUCCGGCACUUCCAACUCAGGUACCCGGGGGGCGCGGAUUAGCACCGGCAGCUAUUCCUAGACAACCAUCACCAUCGGACCCGAACUCACCUGCACCGAAAGUCGACCUCAAUGCUCUAAGAGACCCCGGCCUUCCAGUUGAUCGAUAUGUGGCCAAUCUUCUCGCCAAUGCAUCCGAGGAAGAUAUCCAAAAGUACCAAGAAAGCCUACGCAAAGUCAAGAACCGAACAUCCACCGAUCUUCAGCAAAAUGUCUAUCAGAAUCGCACCCAAUUCAUCAAGAUCAGUAAAGAGGCGGAGAAGCUCAAGGAUGAAAUGCGGACCCUCCGUACCCUUAUGGCGGAACUGACAACGGCGCUCGGACAAACAAGCGUAGGAAAUUCACCUAAUCCCAUGUCCCCAAUGGAGGACUCUUUCCCCAAGCGCAAUACGAAUCGCAGCUCGGUCGCCAACCUCGAGAGCAUGUGGAGCGUACAGCUACAAACGUUGUGGAAAACAGUGGAAGGGUCGCAAAAGUGGCUUCCAGCUGCACCAGGACGGCACAUUGUCCUAGAAACUGGUAACUGGGUUGAGCUGGACUCAGCCACAUGGAAACCAAGACGGCCCGUUCACAUUGUGUUGUUGAAUGAUUACCUGCUCGUGGCUGCGAAAAAGCGUAAGCGGGUCGACCAAAGUCAUCCCAACCACCGAGGACCUGUUCCAACGAGGCUGGUGGCAGAAGAUUGCUGGCUUCUUAACGAUAUUGAUAUGAUUGAUCUGGGGGCCAAUCUGGGAACGGGACAAGCGCGCGAAGAGGCUUUGGAUCGGGGCAUUGGGAGAUCGAUCAGCAUCCGCGUGGGGAACUUCUGGCAACUUUCCGCAAAACAGUCGAAGAUCUGCGUCGAACCAUGCGCUCGGAGACCGAAGCGGCCAGCAAGCCCUUGGAAGCAUAUGGAUAUCUGGCCGGUCGGCACCUUUCCCACCCCGAAGAAGCCAGAGGCUUUCGACCCCUCUGAUACCCCAAGAGAUAAAUCUGAUCUGCGCAUUGACGUGGAUGGGAAACAACAAAACCUCCGUUGGGUUGAAGGGCAGGUGGACGAGCUUGAUAUUGAUAUCGCGCUUCAGCGAUUCGAGGCAUCUGUGUUCAGCAUCGAGCGACUACGGAAAUUGGCUAAGGGUCUUAAGGGCAAUACUAUUGCGCAAGACGUCAUCAAUUUCAAGGUCGACGGACGAGCGACUCGACUUGCUGGCAUUCUCUCGCGGGCACUGGUCGACAAACACUCAUUCCCGGCGGCUACCAAGACUCAUGUUACCUGGUUAACUCGGUUAGGGUUUGAAGAUCAAGCGCGUGAGACUUACCUGAAGGCACGUUCAGACGUGAUCGGCCAACGCAUCCGGGCCUGUAUCUUCGAAGGUGAUCUACCUCUUUACAUUUUCCAGAUCUCCUAUGUCUAUUUUACCCUGAUCAAGAACACUAUUGGUAUUUAUCAACAAUGCUUCCCUAGCGUAAUGAGCAGCUCUUGCAUUCGCUGGGCUAAACAUCACCUCGAUGGGUUCAAUGCCCUGCUCAGCCGCCAGCUUAGCAGCGUGCAGCGUGGCACAUUGGUUUGGCAGAAAUGCCUCGAUAUUGUGCACGAUCAUGUCGCUCUCUUGGUGGAAGUGGGUGUGGAUUUCACAGACUUAGUCGCUCGUGGACUGGAAGAGAAUGGUGAAGGAUCGUUUGACGGACCACGUACCGUUCAACCGGGCGAGCUGGUACCAGCGCCAUCCCCGGCGACUGUGUUGUAG